AUGUCUACGCCGGAUCGGGCUACUGUUAAUUCAAAGAACAGAAAGGAGCUAAAGACUCCGCUCUGUAUUGAAUUAAUUAGUAAAAUGUCUUCACAAGGCUAUUUCCCAAUGUCACAGUUUGUUAAAGAAUGCUUGACCCACCCCCAACACGGGUACUACACCGCGAAGAAACACGUGAUUGGUAGUGAAAAGGCUGAUUUUAUUACGGCAGCUGAAAUACCAUUCUUUGCGGAUGUCAUUUCUGCUUGGAUCAUGGAUGCCUGGCAGAAGAUGGGAACUCCCAGGGUCCUUCAUUUAGUUGAAUUAGGCCCUGGCAGGGGGACACUCAUGAAAAACAUGUUGAAGCAGAUCAAAUACUCCAAUCCUCACUUACUUCACUUUUUACAGAUACAUCUUGUGGAAGUUGGGGCGGCUCGUAUGGAAGAACAGAAAACUGCCCUUGCUGAGUUUCAGACUUCCCAAAAAAAGAUAAAGUGGUGGAUGGAUUUAGAAUCUAUACCAUUUUCACUUGAACCGACCAUUUUUAUAGCGAAUGAGUAUUUUGAUGCUCUUCCUGUUGCGCAGUUUCGUUAUACGGAGCGAGGUUGGGUCGAAACCUGUCUGGAGGUGGAUGAAGAUCCUGCAAAUGAGGCUCAUUUCCACAUGGUACAUGCUCCAUCUGGGUCUUUCUCAGCCUAUCUUAUACCUAAUGAUGUUCGUUCAAGUGGUAAAGUAGGGGAUUGCAUUGAGGUGAAUGCGGUUGGAAUGCAAGCAAUGGAAUUGGUUAUGAAAAAGAUGGUGGAUUGUCAAAAAGCGGCAUGCCUUAUAAUUGAUUACGGAAAGGAUGAACAUAUGCAUAGUACCUUGAGAGGAAUACGCGGGCAUAAAUUCGUGGAUCCUUUGCUCUCUCCUGGUGAGGUUGAUCUUUCAUCGUGGGUAAGCUUUAAGCAACUACGAUGGGCGUUAGAACGCCUAGAAACUGCUAGACGUCAUUUAAAAUGGUUUCCAAUAAUGACGCAACGGGAAUUUCUUCAAUGGGGUGGAAUUGAUGUCCGUCUGGCACAUGUUAUUAAGGACGAAGAAACGAAAAGCGCCAUGAAGAUUUUACAGAAUUAUCGAAGACUAAUGGACCCAGAUGAAAUGGGAAAUAGUUAUAAAGUAUUUGUAGCACAAACAAGAAGCUUUCCUAAUGUGUCCCCAUUUUUUCAGGAAAUGCCGUUGCCUCCAUUGGAGUCGGGGCUUUAG